UGGAAGCAGAAUAUGGAAUGAGAGUUGUGAUUCUUUUCAUUCCCUCUGACCCGCUGUCACAGUCUGAAAAGGCCACUGCACGAUUGACAAGCUGCGAACACUUCCAUGCUUCUUAUGAGGCGAUUUUUGGGGAGGUCUCCUGUUCAACGGACAGCUCCCCUUCUUCUCAUCGGGCUCUUUAAGAAUCAUCCAAAAACCACGCCUAUGACACUAAACCUAGAUAUAUAAAUAUAUUAUGUACCGCUUUCAUGGCUGGCUGUGAGCUUUUCUCUCGCUUGCCUUCUCUCCCUUAAAGCCCAUCUCCUUCUGGAACAAGCCAAGAGCUGCCCUUGCCUUUUGCCUCACCUUGUCGUCCUUUGCUGCUGCUGUUCGAAGGAGAUCAGGAAACCCAAGUUCCGUCAAGAGCAAACGCAAACGAGUAUGAUGCCGAGCAACGGGCAGCUAUCGGUGCCCCCCGGUUUCCGGUUUCACCCAACAGAUGAAGAGCUACUCUAUUAUUACCUGAGGAAGAAAGUAGCCUAUGAAGCCAUUGAUCUUGAUAUUAUAAGAGACGUCGACGUCAACAAACUGGAGCCAUGGGAUCUCAAAGAGAAGUGCAGAAUUGGAUCUGGGCCUCAAAACGAGUGGUACUUCUUCAGCCACAAGGACAAGAAGUAUCCCACCGGAACUCGGACCAACCGAGCAACUACUGCUGGCUUCUGGAAGGCCACAGGGAGGGACAAGACUAUCCACCUUAGCAACUCAAAGAGGAUUGGCAUGAGGAAAACCCUAGUCUUCUACACCGGCAGAGCGCCUCAUGGCCAGAAGACUGAAUGGAUCAUGCAUGAGUAUCGCCUUGACGACGAAAGCUCAGACAUUCAGGAAGACGGAUGGGUUGUCUGCAGGGUGUUCAAGAAGAAGAAUCAUCAAAGUGGACUUCCACCGGAAGCAAUCCUCGAAGAAGACCAGUUCAAUUCGUUGAAGGCACGUAGGCCUGUUCCAGUGGAUCAGAAGAUGCACUUCCAAAACCCAUGUGAUCUCUCAUUUAAUCGCUCCUUCCACCUGCCUCAACUUUUGAGCUCUGAACCCACCAUUCCACCUUUCGUGCCUCCACUCCCGAUCAACUCGCUCGACCUCGAGUGUUCUCAGAACCUCAUGAAACUGACAUCAAGUGGAGGUGGUAUUCUCCCACAGGAGAGGUUUACUGGGGAUUGGUCCAUCUUAGACAAGCUUCUAGCAUCUCACAAAAAUUUGGACCAGCUAUUUCACAGCAAAUGCAACCCACCUUCGCAACUCAUGGACAUGGGAUCAUCAAUCCGGAGGAACCCUUUGCUCUUCCUUGGUAGUGAGGCUGACCUCCUGAGGUUUUCUAAUUAGGGUUACCACUAAGCCCCAUUUGUUUCGAAUGGUUAUCUACCUACGAUUACAGGUUUGUGGUUGUAAAUGUAUAUAGAUUCAGUGCUGUUUGGACGAUGAUCAUUUUAAGUU